AAAAAAAAAAAAAAAAAAACAAAAAAAAACCCUAAUCAAGUGUGUGUAUGUGUAUCAGUAAACUCAAGGAUAGUUCAUAACGACUUUUUUUAUACUUGGUGGAGCAGCCAAAUACCAGCAAUACCGUCAUGCUAUCAAGUCUAUCCGAGAACGAGAAGAGAAGCUAGCGGAUGAAAGAGAAAAGAAACGCACUCUUCAAGCUCGUAUUGCCAAUUUACAGAAAUCGAGUCCUAAAUCACCCAAGCUUACUGAAUUUCAGAAAGAAUUACGUUCACUGACACAAGAUACUGUUGAAAGUGAGUUUGAUCUGGCUGACUUUAAGCGAUUUGCGUUGAAAGAAGCAUUUUAUCUUCGUUUCAAUGCCAUGCACGAAUUUGCUGAAAAGACCGCUUUAAUUGCUGGCUUUGGCAAAUAUUUGACGGAUCUGAUUGAUACAGAGCCUACGAUCAAAGCAGGGCAGCCACGUCUAUCACCUAUUCAGCGUAAGCCUUACGUUAAAGGAGCUGAGGCAGCAAUGAUUGUAGCGGAUGCUAUGAAUGCUAUUCAACAAUGGAAACCCUUGGCUGAAGAUGAACGACCUACUUUGGCCAAUAGCAACGGCAGCGUCACCGCUUUAUCCGUUGUCUCCAAUGACAGUAGCAUUAGUCAUAGCCAUGCAAAAAGUGAUGAUUCAACAGGCGACUUUCCUGCUGCUUCAGAGCAACCGAUACAGCAGAGGGUACCGCCUGCUCUUCCACCUCGACGUCUAACAGAAGAGGGUACAGCUAACACACCUACUACGCCUACAACAGCUCAUGAUGAGAUACCCCCGCCUUUACCUCCGAAAACAUCCCACGUCUCGCCCUCUUUGGUCAACAGUACAGGAGAUUUGAAGACGAAGAAUGAAGUGGGCAUCGAUUCGGCGGCAUACGAGGCACCUCCACCUGCUUAUGAAGAAAAAGCAGGAAAAGCGUCAACAGCAGCAGCAGCACAAAGAGGCACAAUCCAUAGUAGUAUUAGCGAUCAUAAAAAUUUGCCAGUUCCUCCUCCACAUAUACCCGCCCAUCAAGGACAACACCACACUGCCCAUCUUAGCAUGAGUUACGACCCGCCUCAUUCACCGGAACCGUCAUCUGCUGCUGCAGCUGUCACUACUAGUUCGCCUCUAUCGACACAUUCCCAAACUGUUUUUGAAUCGCCGUUGCUCCAUCAGCAGCAAUCCAGCAGUACUAGCUUUCAUGAUCCUACUAAAGCAUCAACUUCUGUGAAUUCUCAACAGCAGUUUCAAAUAGAUUACCACCAUCUGUAUCAUCGUCAAUAUCAGCAGCAGCAGCAGCAGCAGCAACAACAACAAUAUCCGUACUAUCGACCUUAUUCAGAAUUCCAACAACAAGUGCACCAUCAUCAACAACAACAACAACAACAACAACAGCGACCUAGAAUAGAUGCCGGUGGUUUCCGUAUCCCGCCUACGUCAUCUUCUACUUUUAUGUCAGCUGAAGAAGAGAAAGAAAGGCUGGCCCAUUAUUAUAGACAACAGCAACAGCAACCCUCUUCUUUUGCAUCUCAUACUUUGAAUAAUAAUCAGUCAUCAUCCAAGAGUUCUCAUUAUGAACAAAAGACGCAAGAAUAAGUAAAGUAUGCAAAUGUACAAUGUAACGGCACAACAACGAUAUGCAUCAUUCAAUUUGUACAUAGUUCAGAUAGAGAUGUAUUAGAGUUCAUAAUGCAUGAUAUAUUGCACUCAAAGUUAUAGUAGUAGUAGGCUGACUGUUGGGUAUUUAAAAACGACUAAGUAAAAUAAAGCUG